AUGCCUACUGAAGAUGAGUAUUUUAAAUUAGGUUCACAGUCAACAACAUCAAGAAGUGAAAGUUUCAAUCGAGAAAAAGAAGAGGCUAGUACUUCAAAUCAACAAAGUAUUCCAAGACAAAUUGAUUAUUCAAAAUUUGUUCAAUCCGUCAAUAAAACAAUAAGAAAAUUUGAUAUUGAUAAAUGUGACGCUCCUUUAGAUGCAAUAAAAAUAGUAAAAGAUCACAAUAAUUCUGUUUUACCAAUUCAUAAAUUAACCGCUUAUGUUGAUUUUGAGAAAUACAAAAACCAUUGGGCUCAAAAAGAAUUGGAAAAAUUACCAGAAGCUUCAAGAAAGAAAUAUCAUGAAAUUCAUCAAGCUAUGAGAUACAAAAUUUAUUUACAAAACACUUUAGAUUAUGGUUUGACCAAUCAAUUUAGUUUUGUUUGUUCACCAUUUAGUUAUGAUAUGAUUAUGGACAAGCGUUUUGUAAAAAUGAAAUCAGAAUGUAUCAAAUUCAUUGAAUCUAUGCAUUUUUAUUUCCAAAAUGGUGAAAAGAAAUUUAAUUUAAAAUUCUCAACAGAAAUAAAGAAAUGGACUUUAGUUAGUCUCACACUUCAUUAUACCGAAAGAUCUAAAGCCCCGAGAUUAAUUAGACAUCACUUAACAAAAGAAGUUAAGAUAAUUAAAUUUUAUCCAGCUCCUGAUGUAGAAUAUGAUGAUGAUGAAGAUCUUGAAUACUUACAAAAUAAUAUAGGAACAUUAUCAUUAAAUCCCGAGAUUCCUGAAGUAGAUGAUAUAAACAAAAAUGUGAAAACAUAUUUCAUUAUAGAAUUAAAUAAUAAACUUCCAAUUAAGAAAUUGAAAAAACCAGAAAAUGAAGAAAUAGAUUCAUUCGAAGGCCAGGUAUUAUCUAUUAUUAGUAAUUUCUAA